AUGACUGCCCGGACUGCUGCUCUUGCCAAUGCUGUCACUCCGCGUCCUCAAAAGGCUUCCGAUGGUCAAGACGACUCCAUCGACCGUACUCCAGAGUAUAUUCAGUUCAUGCAGGCUUUGGAGGAAUUGCAUCUUUCUCAAGGAACUGUGUUGCAGAGAGAACCUGUGCUAGGCGGAAAGAACCUCGAUCUACUCAAGAUUUACACCAUGGUCAUUGAAGCCGGUGGUUAUGAGCAGGUCACUCAUGAGCGAGGAUGGAAAAAAAUAGGAAUCCCUUUUGACUUGCCAACUACUUGUACCAACAGUGCGUUUGUCUUUAAACAGAUUUAUCAAAAAUAUCUCUAUUGCUACGAGUUGAUUCAUUUUCAAACUCAUCGUAGUUCAAUUACUGGUCCUGAUGGUCUACCUCCUGGUGUGGUCGUGCGUGCUCCAAGUGCUAUUCCUUUGGUUCCUACUGUUGCCGCUGUACCUCCUCGCAUCGAUGUACAUGGUUUCCCGGGUGUAAACGAUCGUAUGGCCAAGCGUGCCAGAUUCGAAAUGCCGGUUUCAUCACAACCUCAGUUAAAUCUGUCUCGCCAGAAAGCCUCAAAUACUCAGCUCUUUCAAAUGAACUUUGAAGAGGAUGAAAAGGAUGGCAAGUGA